AUUUAAAAAGUUUUAAAUGAACACUGCUUCAUCCAAACUGUUUGUUGCACAUUUAAUUAGAGUUCGUCCACCUGUAUAAUAGGCUUCUGUCUUGACACUUGAUGUUAAUUUUGACUUCAAUUUUCUCUAUUAAAGUCUCUGCUUUUUAAUUGGUUGUUGCUAAAAUUAUGUGUUACUAACUUUCUGCCUAUAUUUGCAGCAAUGGCUAGGCCAAGAAGGUUCAAGGCUACACCACUUGAUACAGAGAUCACUUCUGCAAAUUCUCAUGAGGUUAGGUGUAAACGCUUUAAGGUUGCACCACCUGAAGCUGGUUCUGCAUCACAAACUUGUACUGGAGCUCGUUCUGGUGCUUCGUCGUCUAAUGGUAGUGAUCAUGUUAGCAUGCCACCGACACAUGGGCCUGAGUAUGCUUCAUCUGAAUCUGAUUCAUCAGAUGAUGAUGAUGUCCCUCCUACUUCUAGUGAGACUACUGCAAGUAAGAAGAAGAGCUAUUGGAUUGUCAGUCUUAUUGAUGAGGGUGGUACCAUUACAGAAGGAAGACUGAAGGUGCGAGAUAUUUGGUCACUUCCUACGGGUAAAAGGAUUAUCAUCCCGUGCAAUGAGCUUGGCCAACCAAUAGAUGAUGCAGGUGGUCUCUUGGGUGGCUUCAUGGGAGAUUUAGGGUCUGACUUUUCUAAAUUUCCUAUGUGUUACAAGUCAUGGCGUAAGGUUCCAGCUAACUACAAGAAUAGCGUAUAUGACGACAUUAUACAGAAGAAGAUUCUUGUGGAGGAUAGUCGAUUAAGAGACUACAUGAUGAAGAGUAUUGGAAAGACAUGGAAAGAUACUAGGUGUUCUCUCUAUCAUAGCUUUUAUAAAGAGUCACGGACUUUUGAGGAAAAUGUUGCAAGACGUCCCAGUGGAAUUGAUCUUGACCAGUGGACAUGGUUUCUUCAAUACCGCAAGGAUAAGAAAACACAGGUAACAUAUUAUUUGAAGAUGUGCAAGCAGAAUGCUGAAAAUCGACGGAAGCAAACUUACACACACACUAAUGGUUCAAAAAGCUUACCUAGGAGAAAAGCUGAAGAGGAGCGUAAACGUGGGAGACCAAUGAGUAGAGGAGAGUUGUGGCCCUUGACUCACAAACGGAAAGACUCGACAUAUAUGAAUGAAGCAGCCAAGCUUAUUGGUGAGCAAAUAGAGAGGAUUGAAAGUCAGGAUGGCGUGUCAAAGAAAAUUUCAGAAUUUGAUUCACUUGCACAAGUAUUAGGAAAGGAGCACGCUGGUCGGGUUCGAGGAGUGGGUUAUGGGCCGACACCUACUCAAGUGUUUGGCCAAACAGCCUAUCAAUUUAAGGGUGUAUCUUCAACACAAGCUAAUCGAGAUCAUGAAAUGGAGGAGAUGAAGUUGAAGAUGCAGGAGCUUCAAUCCGUGGUGGAAAGUGAGAGAUCUAGAAGGCGUGCUCUUGAGAACUUUCUAACAAGAUAUAUAGUCCAACAAGGAAUGGAAUUGCCGGCCGAGUUGGCUGAUAUGGGUAGUGCUGCGACGGCAUCAAACAGGCCAAGACCAUCUUCCUCAUCCAAAUGUUGAAACCCACAGCGAUGCUAAUCAUGUUGUUCAAUCUGGAUUUUGCAUAUGGAUUUCAGUUCUAAUUUUGUUAGCAAUGAACUUGUUUUUCCGGAACUGUGGAUUUUGCAUCAGUUUAUCAGAUUUUAGUUCUUAUAUUUGGACAAAUAGAAA